AUGACUGCCAUUAUGUCAAUGCAUUCAUCGCUGAAACUCUUAGGUAUAAAGGGGUCGCGCGUUAGGAGUUCCACACACAAACACCUCAUUAAAGAGGACACAAUAGUUAUGGGAAACCUAUUAUCCGUAUCCCGUGACCCCAACCUAUGGCCCAAACCGGAUGUCUUCGACCCCAACCGGUUCUUAGAUAAGGACAACAAAUACAUGUCAGCCCUCCCGGGGUUCACACCCUUCGGAAUCGGACGGCGUAUAUGUUUGGGUGAAAAGCUGGCGCUCGCGGACCUCUUCUACAUAACUGUCCGCCUAUUGAAGUCUACUCCAGAAUAUGUGUUUGCGUUGCCAUCGGAGAUCACACCCUUCGGAAUCGGACGGCGUAUAUGUUUGGGUGAAAAGCUGGCGCUCGCGGACCUCUUCUACAUAACUGUCCGCCUAUUGAAGUCUACUCCAGACUAUGUGUUUGCGUUGCCAUCGGGUGAGGGAACGGCUGAUUUAGAGCCCGACCCUAAUAUCUUAUUUCUUAGAGUUCCCAAACCCUAUGAAAUAUUACUCAAAAAGCUAUAA